AUGUCAGGACAUCACCACCACAACCAUGACCAUGGCGGACAUUGCCAUGGAGAGGAUGGACAUGAUCAUUCGAACGAUAUCACCCCUGCUAUUCAGUCCCUUCUUUACUCACAGAUCGCCUUCGAUGAUAUUACCACAUUGAACGAAGCCACACCUAAAUCAGGAACUGCUAUUGUGCAGAAGACAUGGGCUGACCGAUUGAAUGAUGAGCCUGAACUCGAAAGCGAUGCGGAUGAGCAGCUCUUAAUGUACAUCCCGUUCACUGGACAAGUGAAAUUGCACUCCUUGCUCAUCUACACCGCACCCACACCGUCUGCACCCAAAACGUUGAAGCUCUUCAAGAACCGGAAUGAUCUGGAUUUCGCAACUGCCUCAGAUUUGACACCCACGCAAACAAUCGAGAUCCCGCAGCCAGUUCCUGGGUCUGACGUCUUUGAGCUGCCCCUCAAUCGCGCUCAUUGGAAUGCGACUACUUCAAUCACCUUGUUCUUCGAAGACAACUGGAGCGGCGGAGAAGAGGAUGUGACCAAAGUUGGAUAUAUCGGUUUUAAAGGCCAGUUUAUGGCUCUGAACCGUGAACCGGUCAGUUUCCUCUAUGAAGCUGCUGCAAACCCUAGCGAUCAUGUAGCCAUUCCGGGUGUCAGCGGAGUGGGAGGGAGAGUAAUGCCUGGUCAAUGA